CUGGGUGCAACCAAGGAAAUUAAAAGUAUUAAAAGUAAAGGAAUGUGCUUCUUGUCCGCACUCUUUGUCUUGUUUCCUAGGCUCGUUUCUAUCUACAGCCUGUGAAAAUAAUAAGCUAGUCACCACCCUAUUACUUUUUGACACUUGCAGUCAGAAGUUUUUGCACUCUAGCUCCGUCACCCACAAAAGGGUGUAAAACAGCAUAAAAACAAAGAACAUUAAAGCCAAUCGUCCGGAUAGGCUGGCCUUAGAACUUGGAACUUGGUUAACUAUUAAACGUGGGAAGCGCCCUCUUGGGUCCCGCCCAAACACUAUUUUUGUUUGAGGCACAGGUUCGCCACCCCCGCCCAGACAGUGGCACAGUUACAGGCGGUUUGUCCGGUGUUUGAUUUACAUUGUUCUAGGAGUGCGUAUAUUUCACAUUCGCGCCAUUCACAGUGUGUAAAACCAAUUGUGCAGGAUUUGGAGAUGACCAGCCUCCACUUAGAUAUCCCCCAUUCCAACUUGGUGUCGGCCCUCUUGUAAAGCGCAAUCCCGGGACAUUUACAGUCUUUGUUUUGAGCAGCUGAUCUUUCUGGAUUCAGAUAAAGAGGGUGUCCGAUGUUGCUCAGCUGUCCCCGAUACAUCGUGGGGAAACUAGGAAAAAUCAUAGUCACUUGACAUGUGAAGUUGCUAUUGAUGAUUAAGCAAAAGCUCCGGGAUAUGGACGUACUUCGGGAAGAAAAGUUUGUAUUUUAAAUAUAAUUAAAACCUUUCAUGUUACCGGGAUGCAGCGUGGUAUGAAUACUCUGUAAAGAAACGCAAAGGGGCCUUUGUUCCUGUUUUCAAUGUGUUCAAGAUGACAGCUGAUGUUGCAAGAAAGAGUUAUAGUGUUUUACCAGGAUAAAGUUGCUGAAGAAAAAUGGGAUCUGGAGAAAAGGAAGUUGUGGUAUGGGUUUGCCAAGAGGAAAAGAUUGUUUCUGGUCUGACAAAGUAUACUACUUGUGCUGAAGUAGUCCAGGCAUUACUGGAAGAUAAUCAUGCCAUGGCCGGGGACAAAAAGCCUUUGUUAGGAGCCCCCAAUGAGUAUUGUAUUGUUGAGAAGUGGAGAGGUUUUGAAAGAAUCCUACCACCUCAAACAAGAAUAUGGAGACUCUGGAGAGUCUGGGGAGAAGAGCAGCCAAACAUUCACUUUGUUCUUGUAAAGGCUGAUGCUUUUAUGCCCUUCCCGCCAUGGAGAACAGCAGAGGCAAAACUUGUGAAAAACAAGGACAGGCAAAUUGUAAAAAAGCCAGUACAUUACAUAAAGUCACUGCCAAUGGAAAAGCAGAAAAGAACAGUAAAAAAGGCUUUCCGGAAACUGGCAAAGAUAAAACAGGAAGCUCUUCUGCAAGACAGAAACAACAUGGAGACCCUUGUACAUUUAAUUAUAUCCCAGGACCACACAAUCCACCAGCAGAUUCAAAGAAUGAAAGAACUUGACAUGGAAAUUGAGAAUUAUGAAUCCAAAAUGCAUAAAACUAGAGCUGAACUGCAUGGAGUGAAUUAUGUACGUAACACUUAUUUGUUAGAUGCUGCUUCAGCUGAUUGCAAAGGUGAUACUGCCGAUGCAACAGCAGAACAAUGCCUCAGUGAAGGUGAUGCAGUUUUACUCUUGGAAGAGCAGCUCAGGAGCUACUAUGAACUAAUAGAAAAACUGUCUACAGACAUUGAUAUGGAAACAAGAAGUGCAUAUCCGGAAGUGAAGGACCUGCCCCACUUAUCCAGUCCUUGUAGCAAUGAACAGGAAGAUACAUGUCCUGAAACUUUGCUGAAGGAAAUAGAGAAAAGCAGGAAAGACACUUUGGCAUUAUAUUCUCAGCUUAAUGCUGUCCAAGAUCAACUGAAGCAGAAUGCGUCACUGCUGGAAAUGAAAACAAAAGAAUAUGACCAACUCAUUGAGCAGGUUAAUUCAGUCCACAUUUCAGACACAAGUAGUCUUGGACAAUUUACUACUGAAAACGAGUCAACAAAAUACAACACAAGCAAUGUUGCUGCAUCCUACAAUUUUCUUCAUAAGUCAUCAGGCACAGACAUGAAUGAUACAGACUCUGACACAGGUAUAAGCUCUACUCACAGCCAAGACUCUGUGGAAGCAGCACUUACAACAACAUAAUGCAUAUAUGUGCACCAUGUUGUUUUGUAUAUUUUACCUAACAAUGGAAAACAAACUGCUGCAAGUAAAUUUGAAAGUUUAUUUGCCCUUUACAGCAUAGCAAGCAGGAAGAUGGACAAUUGUUUGAAUGUUGGCAGAUAGAAACAUUUGUCUGACAGCAGAAUUUUAUAUUUCUGUUUAUAGCAGUAAUUUAAAGAAAAUGUAUUUUGAAGUACCUUUUUUAUACCUUAUUCAUUGUGUUUAACGUGGCUAUUGUAACAGUAGCUGAUAUAAUUAUUUUGAUGUACUGCCUAAAUGUAUUAAAGCAGAACUGCAUGGAGCCCUGUCACUUUCUUGUGAUUCUCUGGUUUACUACAGUAUUCUAAAGUCAUCAGCAAGGACCCACAUCUAAAAUUGCAAGAUGCUACUAUAGACAGUUUUUUCAUUCUCAGUGAAAUUAUUUAUAUGUAAACUAUUUGUAUGUUGUGUUUGUCCCAUUUUAUUUUGUUAUUGUGCAAAGAGUCACAAAUCUGUACAAGUGUGUACAUUUUUUAAGCACAAGCCACAGAAAAGACAUCGUAAAUGUCAAACAGACCACUGUAGCUUUUUAGGUAAGAAAAUAUAUAAAACGACUGCUAAGAUUUGUUUCAUUAUGCUUUGUAGAUGGGAAUUGUAGCUAUCAUGACCUUCACUGAAUGUGCAGAUAAAUGCUAAUAUUGGCAUAAGCAAAAUGAGUAUUUGCAUAUUUUUGUUCAGAUAAGGAUUUUUAUGUUAUUCCCAAAGCUGGCUGCCUCCACUCUCUUCAGAGUACAUCAGAGGAGACAUGUUGACUAUAGCCAGGGGAAAAUAUCACUGCAAAUAUAAAUAUGUCCUACUAAGCAUUCUGUAAGCAAUCAAAUGUAAAUGGACUUAUUCACCCUCAUUGCAUGCAUUUUUAUGUAGGCGUAUUACUGGUGCAUUUGUAUAGACUUACAUAUAUCGGUGGGGUCCUUCCUUGCACCAGAUCAUGAGUGCAUUUUCCUGUUGUUUUAAUGAUAUAACUUGUGGUAUUGCUUAUGUGUUUGAAUUUUUCUUAUGUUUGUAUAUAAUCGUCUGUAGUGUUGUUCAGCCUCAGCUAUAGCUGUAUCAUAUUUUACUUCAUUAUGUUAUGUCACCUGCUAUACUCAUUGUCAACAAGUGCAGUGUGCUUGUGUGUUAAGUAUUGUGUCAUUUGUCUGUAUCUGUAAACAGUAUUAAUUGACUGCUUUUACUUUCUUUUUGUACACUGGACUGGGUAGUGGCUAAAAAGGGCCCUUUGACCAGCUCACUUUUCCAGUUAUCAGUUAAAGUUAAAUAAGUAA